GCGCAUCCUCUUCUUCUCUCCGCCGCUGGCGACGGCAUCCCACACGCCCUUCGGCUCAGCCGACACCCCCCACACUCGCACCAACAUCGGGAGUCUGGCGGCAGUCACUGCAGCAGCAAACAUUGUUGCCGAACACUGCAAUAGCUAGCACGCCAUUGUGUGCACAAUUGUGACUCCAAAAUGUAUUCUCGCGAUCAGUUUAUGAACCCGGGGCCCGCCCCGCGGCCCCCUACAGAUCGACCCCGCCUUGCGUUGACUCCGAACACCAGCAAUACGCUGCCUGGAAACAUGGCCGGCAUGAGCUUACAAUCUCCCGCCUCCUACAGCAGUGGAGGAUACGGCAAUGGCUCGACUACCUCACUGAUGCGCACGCAGACCGAAAGGAGCAUGUCGUCAAAUGCGACGGUCAAGGAGGGCAAUGUCAAGGUCAAAGACGAGGGUCUCUUCAAGUCGUUCGUCUGGGCUGACCGUUGGCUCGUCCUCCGCGAGUUUGAGCUUACCUUCUUCAAAAGCGCAAACUCUAACAAGGUGGCAAAUACGAUUCAGCUUCGUGAUGUCCUUGGCGUGGAGCGUUCCGAUACCCAGCCGCUUUCUUUCGAGAUCACGAGGUCAUUGAACCCCAAUAAGGGCUCUUCACCACCUCGAGAUGGUCCUGCUAAGGUUAUCACCUGCAAGGUAGAGACCGACGAUGAGGUUUAUUCAUGGAUAGACAGCAUUUACCAACGCUGCCCUAGCAUGGGUGGGGUCAGCAACCCCACCAACUUUACUCACAGAGUACACGUAGGCUUCGACCCCACGAGCGGCGCUUUCGUUGGCUUGCCAGUAGAAUGGGAGAAGCUGCUCACUGCCUCCGCGCUUACCAAGGAUGACUAUGCGAAGAAUCCAAAGGCCGUUUUGGAGGUACUGGAAUUCUACACAGAGAAGCUAGUCAAGCGUGCAGAUGACCCGGCACAAUAUCCUAGCCUAACGCCCACGCCGCCAGUCACCGCUGGCAUGGAGAAGCAACUUGGAUAUGCGGCCGGUGGCAGUUCCAUCGCACCACCUCGCCCUGCACCCCCCAACGGCUAUGCUCGCAAGGACAGCUACAGCUUGUCUCGUCAGGAAACUCCACCCGGCUCUGGCUACGCAACACCACAAGGUGGUCAAGACCCUCGGUACGAACAGCAGAGGCGUAUGGAACAAGAGCGAGCUCGCGAGCAGCAACAAAGAGCGCGUGAGCGGGAAGAAUACGACCGACGGGAGCGAGAAGAAUUGGCUGCUUACAAUGCAUCCUUACCGCAAAAGAAGGUGCCAAUGGCACAACAGGAGUUUGGAGGUGGCGGCUACGAUUCGCGAGAACAAAGCCCAUCGGGAACAUCGCGCUACAAUCCCAGCCGUCCAGCUCCAUCAACCCCCGGCGGUUCAAGAGGCCCGCAGCAACAACCUGCUGCUUUGCGCCAAAUGCAAGCUCAACGCCCUGCUCCCUCCGCGCCACGUCAACAGAAUGGCAAUGGUUACGGUGCGCCUGCCGCUCAGCAGCAACGCCCUCCGGUCCAGCCGAACUCGAAAUACCAAAACUCGGCCAACCAGGUGCCUCAGGCGCGGCCCCCGCAAGCUCAGCCGCAGCAGAAACAGUACCAGAGCUCUGCUGCACCCAAACCGCUCAACGUGGUGGCUAAGCAGCCCGCCGCAGCUCCGGCGAGUGACGCUGUGAAGAAAGCAGAGCAAGCGCUUACCGCCAAGAAAGAAGAGACGCCUCGCAAAGAUGUGCGCAUGUCUAGCAUGUCUGAAAGCGAGGUCAUGGCCAAACUCCGCGAAGUUGUCUCGAAAGACAAGCCACUGGAUUCGUACAACAAGCAGAAGAAGAUCGGUCAGGGUGCCUCAGGUUCCGUGUACGUUGCCCGCAUUCGUGAGGGUGCGACGUCUCCAAUGGCGCAGAAAAUUCUUCGGGAGAAUGGCCCUCGCGCUCAAGUGGCUAUCAAGCAGAUGGAUCUGCGCAACCAACCACGCAAGGAGUUGAUUGUUAACGAGAUUAUCGUCAUGAAGGACAGCCACCACCCUAACAUUGUCGACUUCUUAGAUGCAUUCUUGCAGGAAGAUCAAUCAGAACUGUGGGUAGUCAUGGAGUUCAUGGAGGGAGGAGCUCUAACAGAUGUCAUUGACAACAACCCAUCCAUUAGUGAAGACCAGAUCGCAACUAUCUGCUUGGAGACAUGCAAGGGUUUGGAAGAUCUACACACCAAGAACAUCAUUCACCGUGAUAUUAAGAGUGAUAACGUGCUACUAGACGGCCGCGGCCGCGUCAAGAUCACUGACUUUGGUUUCUGCGCAAAACUUACGGAACAACGCAGCAAGCGAGCGACCAUGGUCGGAACUCCAUACUGGAUGGCACCAGAAGUUGUCAAGCAGAAAGAGUACGGCAACAAGGUCGACAUCUGGUCCUUGGGUAUCAUGGCCAUUGAAAUGAUCGAGUCCGAGCCGCCAUACCUGAACGAGGAACCUUUAAAGGCGCUUUACCUCAUCGCGACCAAUGGUACUCCUAGACUUAAGAAGCCCGACAAGCUCUCCAAGGAGCUGAAGGCUUUCUUAUCGGUGUGUCUAUGCGUGGAUGUCAAGUCAAGAGCCAGUGCGUCAGAACUGAUCAGCCACGACUUCCUCAAGACCGGAUGCGGCCUCGCUGGUCUAUCUCAGCUUCUCACUUUCCGAAAGAACGGCAGCCACUAGAACAUGAUAUCCUGAAGCUUUCUUCGCCUUAUCUCGAUCGAUACCCUUCCUCAUAAAUACAUAUACGAACUGUGCGCUCU